CAGUAAAUUUUCUUUAAUACUACACAACGCCUUCAUCUUUUUUUUUCUAGAGAAAAAUAGUAGAAACGAAAACAUUGUAGUUGGAAAAGGAGUUGGGAUUUCUUUGUCACAUAAAGUUACUUAUCUGCAAAUAAGUACUUUACCCCUCUCAGCUGUCCUUUCUCUAAUGAACUUGUUCAUUGAAAUUUGCUAUAAGAAGGGCCCCACUCUCCUCUCUUAUUUCCUUCUUAUAUUCACCAAACAUCAUGCCCCAUGGUUGUUAGAGGUUGUGGAAAUGGCAAAAGCCGGUAUUUUUGUUUGCCUUGUGAUUGUUAUUGUAGAUGUAGCUGCUGGUAUUCUCAGCAUUCAAGCACAAAUUGCCAAAGACAAGGUGAGGUAUAUGAGUCUAAAGAGAUUUCAGUGUCAAGAACCGAAUGAUCAAGCUUUCAAGCUAGGGUUGGCUGCAGCCACUCUACUAGCUUUAUCCCAUGUUACAGCCAACUUGCUUGGUGGCUUCAUGUGCAUCUGUUGCACAGAAGAGCUUGAAAGAUCAUCUGCCAACAGGCAACUCUGGUUCGGGUGCCUUGUUCUUUCUUGGAUAGUAGUAGCUGUUGGAUUUCCAGCCCUGGUUAUGGGGACGCUAGAGAAUUCCAAAUCAAAAGGGUCAUGCCAGGUUUUGCAUCAUCGUUUUCUAAUUCUUGGAGGGAUACUGUGCUUUGUACAUGGCUUGCUGAGUGUUGCAUUCUAUGUUUCUGCAACUGUCAGCUUUGAAAAUGGAACUCCUCAUGGACUACAAGGAGACCCUUAAACAAUGAUUAUGGUCCAUCAAUUUCCAACCAAAUUUGGAGGCUGCGAGACUGGUUGGACAAGGACUUACCUAAUUAAGCUGUGUACCUGGUGCUUUCUUAUGGGUAGGAAAUAGAAGCAAAACAGGAAAAAGCAAUCACUUUUUGCUAAAGGUUAAGAUUGGAAGGGAAGUGGGGCAAUUAGCUUUUCGUAGUAUUCCAACGGCUACAAUUAACUCUACUCCAAAUAAAUAUUUGUCAUUUUGCUUUGUUCAUACCAUGUGUGGACCUUACAACAAGGAUUUGUACGCUCUUUGUAAAAUCAAUUUGUAAGUAGACGUCAUUUUCAAUUAGAUAUAAUUCACGAUGUUAA